CAAUAAGAGAAAUUAACUAAAAAGAAAUCAGAUCAUCAAUUUCACAUUAAAAUGUGUGCCAUUGCAUUAUCAUGGACUACGGCAAUGGCCUUCAAGAAAAAGCAGCCAAUUGCUAGUAAUCAUUUUUCCUUUGAUAGAAAAUUACUCUCCUUUAACUUGGUUUCUUCUAAGGGACCUGAGCUUUGUAGAUUCAAAUGCAAGGCUCAAGUUGAUGACCAGAUUAUUAUUAGUUCAGUUGAAAGACGAUCUGGAAACUAUAAACCUUCCUCUUGGGACUACAAUUUCAUUCAAUCUUUGAGCACCGAAUACGAGGACGAGAGGUAUUUGAAAAGGGUGUCUGAACUCAUAGAGCACGUGAAGAUGAUUUUGGACGACGAAACAAUGGAAGAUGUUGGAAAAUUGGAGUUGAUUGAUGACUUGGAGAGGCUUGGUAUUUCUUAUCACUUUGAGGACAAAAUCAAUGAAGUUUUGAAACAAAUCCAUGGUCAAGGCUGGUCAAAACGUGAAAUGGAUUUGGGCACUACAGCUCUUGGAUUCAGACUCCUUCGAAAACAUGGAUUUAGCAUUUCUCAAGAAGUGUUUGAUCGUUUCAAGAAUGAAAAGGGUGAAUUCAAGACGAACCUUGGUGAUGAUACAAAAGGGUUGUUACAGCUAUACGAAGCUUCUUUCUUGUUGAUGCGAGACGAGGAUACCUUGGAGCUAGCAAUAAAUUUUUCCACCAAAUUUCUCAAGAAAAAAAUUGAAAAUGAAGGUAUUGAUCAGGGAAUAUUCAUGGAUGAACAUCUAUCCAUAUUAGUGCGCAAAGCCUUGGAGCUCCCACUUCAUUGGAGGGUUCAAAGGCCAAAUACAAGAUGGUUCAUAAAUUCCUACGAAAUCAAGCCAAAUAUGAAUCCGAUUGUGCUGGAACUUGCCAAAUUAGACUUCAACAUUGUUCAAGCAACCCAUCAAGGGGAACUAAAACGACUCUCCAGGUGGUGGGAGCAAACACGCCUAACAGAAAAGAUGCCAUUUGCAAGGGACAGACUCGUGGAGUGUUACUUCUGGGCCACUAGUGGGAUGUACAAUGUCGAAAAUGGAUAUGCAAGAAUUAUGUCCGCCAAAUUCAAUGCCUUAAUAACCGUAAUUGAUGAUAUGUUUGAUGUCUAUGCUACCUUAGAAGAAUUGCGACUCUUUAACAAUGCAAUUCAGAGGUGGGACAUUGAAGCAAUAGGCAAACUCCCAGACUAUAUGCAAAUAUGUUUUCUAGCACUCAACAACUUCGUCGAUGAGAUGGCAUACGAUAUUCUUAAAGAAAAGGGGUUUCUCGCCAUUCCACAUUUGAGAAAAUCGUGGGCAGAUUUAUGUCGAACAUAUUUACAAGAGGCAACAUGGCACUCCACAGGUUACAAACCAAAACUCCAAGAAUAUAUCGACAAUGCAUGGAUUUCAAUAUCAGCUCCUGUUAUACUGACCCACGCAUAUUUUUUUGUGACGUAUCCUAUACACAAUGAGGCUAUUAGAAGCUUAUACGGAUAUCACAACAUAGUUCGAUGCUCAUCCAUGAUUCUAAGGCUUGCGAAUGAUCUCGGCACAUCUCCGGAUGAGAUGAAAAGAGGUGAUGUGCCAAAGGCGAUCCAGUGUUACAUGAAUGAAACUGGUGCAAGUGUGGACAAGGCACAAGCGUAUGUUAGGUUUCUAAUACACGAGACAUGGAAGGAGAUGAAUGAAGAACGAGUGUUGGCAAGUUGUGCAUUCCAAAAAGAAUUUGUCAAGGCUGCACUUGAACUUGGGAGAAUGGCACAAUAUAUGUACCAGUAUGGAGACGGCCAUGGAAUGCACUUCCCUCAAAUGGAAGAUCGUAUUUCGAGUUUGUUGUUCGAGCCUAUGAAGUUGUAAAUAUAAUUUUACUAUUUCAUUCAUGUCUUUAUGUUGCAUUUCUCUCUGUCACCUCGUAUUUACAUCUUGUAAUAGGAAAGAAAACAAAAAUUCGUCUAUUAAAUUGUUUGAUGCCAAUUGAGAAAAUUACAUCUUUCAUAUUAAAUUCAUAUUGAUUUGUGG